AUGUCAGUGAGCGAAGAGAAAGUGAAUGACCUUCAAUUGCGGGAAGACUGCUACGGUGAUAUCACUUCAAGGUCCAAGGUCGAUGAGGGUGAAUUAGGUCAAAACCGCCAUCAUGACAGUCCCCACUACCAUCAGCGUCAUUCCAACCGCUCCUAUCUUGACUCAAAGUCUACAACCGAUCCAAAACAUACAGCGCCUCUCCUCACCUCGCCUCCAGGUUUAAUUCGUCGAUUUGCGGAUUGCGAUCUCACUGGAGACUGUCAGACUCAUGAAACAACGCCACCAGAGUCAGAACUUCCAACUGGCUCCAGCAUUCCUGGAGACAAUAAAUCCUCACAAAACACAAAGUUGCUGAUUUCAGGAGGCAGAUGGAAGGGCAGAUUAUUCCGAACUCUAAAGAAAAAGGUGUCUGGUGGAGAGAAGUUGAUAGAUGAGAGUGUAAAAGAAAAUAAGAAGGGAGUGAGAGAAAGAUGGCGUCGAUUCAGGCCUCUAAAGGACAUCUUUCACCUCUACAGCAAAAAACGAUUGGUUCGCAAAUUGUCGUUCCUGGAUGACUGA